AUUAAUGAAUUUUUGUGAUGUAAAAGUGAUAUUAACUACGAUAUUAUUAUGUAUUAUGUUGUUAAUUUUUUCUUUUUUUUUAAUGUGUUUAUUUCAUUUUUCAGCAGGCAAAGUAUAAAUUAUGAUCAUUCCAAUCCGUUGUUUUACAUGCGGUAAAGUUGUUGGUAACAAGUGGGAAUCUUAUCUUGGUCUGCUUCAAGCUGAAUAUUCGGAAGGAGACGCCCUUGAUUCGCUCGGUCUGAAACGUUAUUGUUGUCGUCGAAUGCUUUUAGCUCACGUCGAUCUGAUCGAAAAGUUACUUAAUUACGCUCCUCUUGAAAAAUAAUAAAUUUAUUUACUACCAUUCCAAAUAAAUAUUUUAUUAGUUUUUUGUUGUUAUCCUUUAUGUCAAAAUUAAAGUGCGUCCUUUUUUGCGAUUUUCAUCCUCUUCUUGGUCCUCAAGUGGCUUAUCAAGCCCCAGUCGAUUUUAUUACAAAAGAACAAAUUGAUUCAAUAGCACCUUACAUCAUUCCUAAACCUCAAUUUCAAGGACGUCUGAUAAGUUUUAAAGCAUAUGGAUUUACAUUUAUGGGCUAUCCAAUAAAAAUUGAUAAUAAAAAGUAUGAUAGAAAUGCGCUAUUAUUUAAUGCGCUGUUUGUGUUUAAUGAAAAUGACUGUGUGCAGGAAUUUGAACCAGUUGUGACAAAAUUAGCUGGCUACCUUACAACUUUGGAAUUAGAGACAGAGUAUAUAUGGAAUUCAAAAACGAAAAGAAAUCUUCAAAGCAUUUUGACGAAGAUACUUGAAGAUAUUAGUUCGCUGGGAGAGUGUACUAUUCCAGUAGAUCAUUGUAAUACAAUAUUUUUAAAAGUAGUAAAACUUCCAAAAGAACCGCCAAUUGUGUAUGAUGAUCAAGUUCCAGUUUUUCUGUGGAGUAAAUCUGCCAUUGAAAAUCAGCACUGGGAUUUGACAGCGCAGCGUAUAAUUCCUUGUAUAGACGGAUGUAAUCAUGUGCAAAAGAUUGCGUUUAUUGCUGAAGUAGAUUUAAGCAUAGUGCGUUCUGCUAUACAAACUUUACUUUUUUAUGGUGUUGUUGCUUUAGUACCUAUAUUUCUCUAUUCAAACAAGUAUGCUGUUAAACCGAAAAUCAAUAAUCUUCUUAAAGAUCCUUCAAUGAGGAAUGAAUGCAUCGCCUACGUUUCUCAAGACAGUGAAAAGCCAUCUAGUUUUCAUAAUAUUUUUAAAUUGUAUUGUGAGUUAGGGCCUGGAAUAUCGGUUAAUGAUCUUUGCAAUCGACAUGAUCCUGUUGCACUGGGAAUCAACAUUCAAAGACUGAUACUUUACGGCCUAAUAAAGAAAUUUGUUCACAACUUAAAUAAAUAUCCAGUAUUCAGUUCUACUAAUCAAAUUACAAAUAGUUCAAUUGAAUAUUUAAAAUACUUUAAUGGCUGCCAUAGUUACUCGAAAAUAUGCUGCAUGUCAGUGACUGCCGGUGAAUCUAUGCAUAUUGAAGAAAUUAAAUCGACAAUAGACAAUGAUCCAAACGUUAUUUUAAUUUGGAAGUGAUUUAUAUAUUUUUUAAGUUGUAAACAUUAGUUUUAUAUUAAUACAUUAAGUGUCGUA